AUGGAUGCAUCGUCGGUGGGCAGUUCAUGCGAGUUGGCGGAGGACGUGCGAGGCGUGAGGCGGCAGCGCGUCUCACUGAGCUCCGUGGACUCCGAGCCGAUAAUCAGACGGCACCGGCCUGACGCGUCGCCGCGCUACGAUGAUGCCGCCGCCGCUGAUGAUGAUGAUGAUGCCGAUGACGAUGCGGGGGAUGAUGACAGGAACACAAACGGCCUUCGCGAGAGGGACGAGGGGAAGGGCAGUGAUGUUCUGUCGGAGGGGCAGAUGACUGCCGCCCACCGUGAGGGUUCACCCCCUGCAUUGGUGCAGGCGGCGCUGCGUGACGCGAACGGUGAGCCGCUUCUGCAGAUCCCCAUGGAGCGUGUCUCUGAGGCGACGGUGGCAUCCGUGACGGGCCUCAUCGCGCGCAGCAGCACCGUCGUGGCAGACAACGUCUCCGGGGCGUUUGUGAUGGAUGCCGGGACGCGUCUUUGCCUCGGCGACGGCUCCGUGGUUGGUGUCAUCACGACUGUGAUGGGCCCUGUGUCGUGCUGCGCGUACGCCAUCGUGUGCCUCCCCGCCGUUUUUGGCGCCCUCUGCGACGGCGGAAAACUGACCGUCGGUGUGGACCUCUGCUACGACCUUGGCGAGCAAAGCGUCAUUUACGACCCCGUCUCGCAGUGUGACAUGCGACGUGGCACCGACGCCAGUUACGUCAACGACGAGGAGCUGCCGCCACACGCGCGGCCGGACUUCUCCGACGACGAGGCGGAGCGUCAAUGGAAGAUGAGUCGCCGCAUGAGCGCCGAUGGGGAGCCGAUAUCAUCCGACGACGAUCCCGUCGAUGUGGAUUGGGAAAAGAUCGACGUCCUCGAGGCGUGCCUGCGGGACGAAAGAAGGGAGGGAACACCAGGCGUGGACACCGCCGCGCCGCGUCACAACCCCCGGCUGGUGGUGCCGCCAUGGGUCGCCACGACGCGUGCACCCAACGGAGCCCCGUGA